UGGAUUGGACAAGUGGAAGCAGCUAAGCUAGCGUUAGCUUUGUUUACAGUUCGCCCCUCCCCCACACGGCUCCGCCUCCUCGGACGCCAGCAGGCAGCAUCGAACGUCUCACCGCCAGGCUGCAGCCGCAACGAGGCGGCGCGUUCACCCAAUAUCGGCCUCGUCCUGGACAACAUUUGACCAACAAAUUGAACAUCCGUUCGACGCGCAUGAAGGAGUCAUGUCAAGCUAGCGAGCGCCGGGAAGCUAGCUGCGGCUAGCUGGUCGCCGACGAGCGUCAAAGUCUUUUUUUUUGUUGGUUAGUUUUAGUUUUUCUCCCCUCAUUUGUGCGUCGUGCGGGGCGAGCCCGGCUUCGUGUGCGAGUUGCUUGAUGUAGUUAUGGCGGCGUGUGUUGUUGUGAAGUAUGUAGGUCAGUGUAGCUGAGCGAUGCUAGUAUGUGGGUCACACCGCUUGGCCUGCUUGCUAGCUAACAGCUGGUUAGCAUAGCUAGCUCAUGGCUUGCGCUACAAGUUCGGAUAAAAGUUCUGUUUUGACUCGUACUGCUUUUCCGUCGUCGUGUACCGUGUGAUGCUAAUGCUGCCGCCGCUGCAGUCGUGGAGGUUUGCUGUUUGAAGCCGGCUGCGUUCAGCCUGAAGCUAGCAGGCUACAAACAAAGGUAGCCGCUGAUCAAAGUGGUUAUUCUUUCAAUGUGAGAUCAAGUCUCGGCACAUUUCCCCCACGGUCCACAUGCUCGGAUCAUGUGCAGCUUAGCAGCGCGUUCCACCCGCGUCUAGGCGGCCACAGCAGCAGACCACCGGGCCUCGGGGGUCUCAGGAUGGCCUUUCACGGCGCAGGCCGUCAGACGGUUUGUGGCGACUUGUUCUCGGCCUCCGACUUGGGCCACAAGUACUUUUACGUCAACUCGGCGUGCGUGGCCCCCUCCGCGGGCCUCGGCGCCACCCCGUGCGUGAGCGGACACCCUGCCCCGGCCGGGACCCCGAGACACCCCACCGCUCUGGCGGGGAGCACCGGCGGUGGAGCCGCCGUGCCUCAACCGUACAGCAACCCGGCUAGCGAGGUGCCCAGCCCGGCGGAGAUGGAGCCCGACCGGCCCAUCGGCUAUGGCGCCUUUGGUGUGGUGUGGUCGGUGACGGACCCUCGCGAUGGACGCAAGGUGGCGCUGAAGAAGAUGCCCAACGUCUUCCAGAACCUGGUGUCGUGUAAAAGAGUGUUCCGGGAACUUCGCAUGUUGUGCUUCUUCAAACACGACAAUGUCUUGUCGGCGUUGGACAUCCUGCAGCCGCCACAGAUAGACUGCUUUGAGGAGAUAUAUGUGAUCACGGAGCUGAUGCAGAGCGACCUUCACAAGGUCAUCGUGUCUCCUCAGCCGCUGACCACCGACCACAUCAAAGUCUUCCUCUAUCAGAUCCUGCGAGGCCUCAAGUACCUUCACUCCGCCGGGAUCCUCCACCGCGACAUCAAGCCUGGAAACCUGCUGGUCAACAGCAACUGCCUGCUCAAGAUUUGCGACUUUGGGCUGGCCCGGGUGGAGGAGCCCGACCCCUCGCGUCACAUGACGCAGGAAGUGGUGACGCAGUACUACAGGGCGCCUGAGGUGCUGAUGGGCUGCCGCCAUUAUGGUUCCGCCAUCGACGUGUGGUCGGUGGGCUGCAUCUUCGCUGAGCUGCUGGGGCGCCGCAUCCUCUUCCAGGCUCAGAGCCCCAUCCAGCAGCUGGAUCUGAUCACAGACCUGCUGGGAACGCCGCCGCUGUCCGCGCUGGCGUCCGCCUGCGAGGGGGCCAGGGCCCACAUCCUGCGUGGGCCGCACAAGCCGCCGUCGUUGUCGGUGCUGUACAUGCUGUCCGACGGCGCCACGCACGAGGCCGUGCAUCUGCUCUGCCGCAUGCUCGUCUUUGACCCGGCCAAGCGUAUUUCUGGCGGCGACGCGCUGUCUCACCCGUACCUGGACGAGGGCCGCCUGCGCUACCACACGUGCAUGUGCCAGUGCUGCUACUCCGUGCCCAGCGGACGCGUCUACACACGGGACUUUGAGCCGGCGGCCGAGCGUCCGUUCAGCCACAGCUACGAGAACAGCCUGCUGUCCGUGUGGCAGGGCAAAGAGCUCAUCCAUCGCUUCAUCACGGAGCACCAGCAGGGCAAGCGGGUGCCGCUGUGCAUCAACCCUCAGAGCGCCGCCUUCAAGACCUUCAUCAGGUCCACCGCCUGGCACUCGUCCAAGGUGUCCCGCAAGGAGGAGAGAUGAAGGCCUCCUCGCUGCCGCCACAGGAGGACCGCCACACCACUUUUGUCCACUUCCUGUGCCCCCUCCCGCAUUGUGGCCCCGCCCACUGCGGCCUCGCAGAUGCCGAUUGUAAAGAAAAUAGAAAGAGGUGAAAAGUAGAAUAGUUGUUGCUUUGUCAUUCCGCACAUGUAGCAGCCUUGAGCGCCCCCUGGUGUCCAUGCCGCCCAACGGCAGCAGAGGAUUCUGGGAAAAUACUCCACUCGGUCAUUCCUCUUUGGCACGUUUUAUUUUGAAAGUUGUGACAGGAAGUGUGAUGGCACAGUGUUGUCCUUUUUAGUUCUUAAUUUAUUGUGCAAGACUCCGCCUCCAUGACAGCACGGUCAAGACCCGCCCGUGCCGACGCCCCUCCCCCCACCCCACGCCACUUUCUGGUUAUUCCUGUCCUCGUCCUGUCUCCGCCCCCCGCUGCCAGCGGCCGCAUUGGUUGUGAUGCUUCCACCCUCCCCAACUGGUGCGUCUGCUUCGGAUGGGUCGGGAGGGCCAGCGCCGGCGGUGCGUUCAAGGACACCUUGUUUGGGUCUUUCAAGGCUCGCUGGUCCCGUGUGGUUGGGUCCUUGUUGCCUGCAGGAACUUGGCCAGGAAUUUUCUGGGAUCUCAGGAAGUUGACGCGGGCAAGGUGGGCUUCCUGUUGCGGUUGUCCUUCAAUUGCACCUCCAGCAGGUGGCGCCACGCAAGGCUUAUUUAUUCUCAGCUGGUCCUCUUUGGACUUGACAACCAGAACACCUCGCUAGUCGGACGCUUGUUCCCCUUCCCCGAGGUCACGUGACCCGCUCAUCCAGUCAUUUCAAACGUUUGGACUGCUCACUUCCUCAGAGUGGUCAUGUGACGUGUCGGUGAAGGCAGGGCGAGAGCGCCGUCUGCUGUCCGACUCCUUCGGGGCCGUGAGGAGGCCCCGGGUCCGUGGGCACGUUGCCCCUCCGGAGGCAUCAUGGAGCUUGUUGUUCCAACUCCGUACAGCAGAUGGCAUCGUACUCGCGCCUGGAUCCCCACCCAGCCACUGAUUUACUACCCACUGCCACGGAUAGAUGGGGCCGGUGUUCCUAAUAAAUUGGCUAGGCUUGGUUGCGCUCGGGGAAAAGAUGUUCGUUAUCGUGUUUAUUUUGGGAACGCCCCCAACCCCCCCCCCCCACUCCCCACUCCCCACCCCGGCUCCCAUCGUCUUUAGCGAUUAGCCUCGUUUGCUCGUUAAAAAGAAAACUUGAUGUGUUGAUUCUGAAAUAUGACACUAAUGUUUGAAAGUGUUUUAGCUAAAAAGGUUGACUUGUUUUUUGACUUGACAAAUACUUGAAUUUCUUAAACUGGUUUGCGUUGUUAAAGUAGAGCGUGAAGACCAAUAAAACCACACUGGAAUCAAA